UUAUUUUCUCGCAUCAAAGAAGGAAGACAGGAGUGGUGCGACCCUUGAUCCGAUUGGCGUUAGGGUUUAUCUUCUCACAUUACUUUCAUUUUCCAAUUUUGAUUGCUGGCGCCAGUACUUCAAUUCGAAUUGCUAGGGUUUAUUAAAUCUUCCUUUAUUCAAUUUAUGUUUCCUUCCUUUCUAUUCUGUUUUUAAAUCUUAGCGACUUCUGUUUCUGAAAACAAUCAAUGGCGAGAAAUUAUAGCGAUUCAAGUGACGACGACCGGAGUAGGCAUCAUCGUUAUGAACGAAACAGUGAGCAUAGGCACAGGGACGAUAAUAAAGACAGGGAUAGAGAGGAACGGAAGGCGGUUAAAGAAAGUUCUGAUGAAGAAGGAGAGCUUGUAGAGAGAGAAAGAGGCGGCGGCCGGCGAGAUAGAGAGAGAAAUAAUGAACGUAGGGAUAGGGAUAGAGAUAGAGAUAGAGAUAGAGUUGAUGAGUAUAAGCGGAGUUCUGAUGAUGAUGAUGAUAAUAAAGAGAAAAGAGAGAGAGGAGAAAGAGAGAGAAAGAGGAGGGACGAAAAUGGGCAUGGAAAGCGAGAAAUUGAGGAUAGAAAUAGGUACAGACAACCUGAUGAGAGGAAAUCAGGGCGAGAUAGGGAUAGAGUUGAUGACAGACACAGAAGCCAUAGAAAUAGAGAAAAUGUUGGCGAGUAUGAGAGGCAUAAGGAGAAGAAGAAGAAUAAUGAACAGAUAGAGGAUAGUAGAAAAGAAGUCGAAGAGGUAAAACUUCGGAAAACAACGUUAGAAGGAGGGAAUUUGAAUGCUGAAACUCCUAAUUUGGGUAAGAGUGGAGGUGUUUAUAUUCCUCCUUUUAAGUUGGCUAGAAUGAUGAAAGAAAUAGAAGAUAAAAGUAGUACUGAGUAUCAAAGAUUGACGUGGGAUGCUCUCCGGAAGAGUAUCAAUGGCCUUGUGAAUAAGGUCAAUGCUACAAAUAUUAAAAAUAUUAUUCCCGAAUUGUUCUCUGAGAAUCUUAUUCGAGGAAGGGGUUUAUUUUGUCGAUCCUGUAUGAAGUCUCAAAUGGCUUCUCCAGGAUUUACUCCUGUGUUUGCUGCUCUGGUAGCUGUUGUCAACACUAAAUUUCCUGAAGUGGGUGAUCUUUUGUUGAGGAGGAUAGUAUUGCAGCUCAAGAGAGCAUAUAAACGGAAUGACAAGCCUCAAUUGCUAGCAGCUGUUAAAUUUAUCGCACAUUUGGUGAACCAGCAAGUGGCUCAUGAGAUUAUUGCUUUAGAGCUACUUGCUGUUUUGCUGGAGAAUCCCACAGAUGAUAGUGUUGAGGUAGCUGUGGGUUUUGUUACAGAGUGUGGAUCUAUACUUCAGGAUGUGUCACCAAAAGGCUUGGAUGGUGCUUUUGAGCGAUUUCGUGGGAUUCUUCAUGAAGGAGAGAUUGACAAGCGAGUGCAGUUUUUAAUUGAGGGCCUCUUUGCAAUUAGAAAAGCCAAAUUUCAGGGGUACCCUGCUGUUCGUCCAGAACUGGACCUUGUAGAGCAGGAGGACCAGCUGACACAUGAGAUAUCGCUCCAAGAGGACAUAGAUCCUGAGAUCACCCUUGAUAUUUUUAAACCAGAUCCUGAUUUCCUUGAGAAUGAGAAGCGAUAUGAAGAAUUGAAGAAAAGCAUCCUUGGUGAGGAGUCUGAGGAUGAAGAAGUUUCUGAUGCUGCUUCAGGUGAUGAGGAUGAGGAUGAUGAUGAAGAAUCUGAGGAAGAAGAUGAAGAGCAGAUGCAAAUAAAAGAUGAGACUGAAACUAACCUUAUCAAUUUACGCAGAACAAUUUAUUUAACCAUCAUGUCCAGUGUAGAUUUUGAGGAGGCAGGGCACAAAUUAUUGAAAAUUAAACUUGAGCCAGGACAAGAGAUGGAACUAUGUGUCAUGCUUUUGGAAUGCUGCAGUCAGGAGAGAACAUACCUGCGUUACUAUGGUCUUUUGGGUCAGAGAUUUUGCAUGAUUAACAAAGUCUACCAGGAAAAUUUUGAUAAGUGCUUUGUUCAGCAGUAUUCCAUGAUUCAUCGACUGGAGACAAAUAAGUUGCGUAAUGUGGCAAAGUUUUUUGCACAUUUACUUGGAACAGAUGCUCUGCCUUGGCAUGUGUUAGCUUAUAUCCGCUUAACUGAAGAGGAUACCACUUCUUCUUCUCGCAUUUUUAUCAAGAUUCUCUUCCAGGAGUUGUCAGAGCAUCUUGGCAUCCGUACCUUGAAUGAGCGCCUUACAGACCCGAAUAUGCAAGACUCAUUUGAAUCAAUUUUCCCAAGAGAUAAUCCUAAGAAUACGCGCUUUUCCAUUAACUUCUUUACAUCCAUUGGGCUUGGUGGCAUCACUGAAAAUUUGCGCGAGUACUUGAAGAAUAUGCCACGGCUUAUCAUGCAACAGCAAAAACCUGUGUCUGUAUCUGAGUCUGAAUCAGAUGAUGAAUCUGGAAGUUCUAGUUCAUCUGACUCGGAGUCCGCUAGCUCUGGAUCAGAAACAGAGUCGGAUUCAUCAAGUUCUGAUGAAGAUGAAAGACGCAGGAAGCGAAGUAGAAGUGAUAGGGAUGAAAGAAGCAAGAAGCAAAGUAAAGGAAGCCAUAGGGAUGAAAGAAGCAAGAACCAAAGUAAAGGAAGCCAUAGGGAUGAAAGAAGCAAGAACCAAAGUAGGAGAAGUGAUAGGGAUGAGCGAAGCAGGAAACAAAGCAGGAGGGAUUGAGAAGACAUCUAUUGCAAGGGUUGUGGAAAUUUCAAGGCAUGUCUUGGAAAUGGAGGAUUUUUAUUAGAGUGCUGUUUGAAGUCACUGCGGCCAUUGGCUGUGGUAAUUAGCGGCUAAGAAUACUGAUGUGGAGUAACAAGUACUUUGAAGGAUAUCGAAUCUGGUCUGAGUGUCCUUUACCCUGAGGACCGUGUUCAUUGGUUUGUAUUUCAGCUGCAGCAACAUCAGAACGAGGAAGGUGUUUCAAUAUGUUCAAGUGCUUUAUGAUGUACCCAUCUAUGUGGAUUAUUCUAUUUAUUCUAUCCUCUCCCUGGGCAUGUUGCUUUAAAUCGACCAUUGUAGUUCAAGUCGGGUGUUUUGGGGUGAACCAAGUGAGGCUGAAAACAUGGUUGUCAGCAUAUUUCUGUCCAAUCCUUCUUAGUAUCUUAUAGGUAGAAAUUCUGAAUGACAAGUCUUAGGCAAGUCAAGUUUGUUCUUUUGUUUGUUGUUUAAUCUGAGUUCUUAGCAGAAGUGUGGCAAAAAAAUAUUUGAUCUGGUUCAGACUCUUGUCACAUCAAUUUGUAAUAUUAGAGCUUGUGCUAUUUUAAUAACUGAUCCGGAUCUUUGAAAUGCAUAAGAGACUAUGGCUUUAA